CAACCCAUCGAUAGGUUCACUAAGACUGUCAGUGCGUCACUUUCAAGAUGGCGGCACAGGGAUCUCAGUCCAAGACUGGAGGAAAAAAUCCCGGAGAAUUAGUUAGGGGACAGACCUUUGAAGUCGGCCCAAGAUAUACGAAUUUGACGUACAUUGGAGAAGGAGCAUACGGAAUGGUCGUGUCAGCUACAGACAAUCACACAAAACAGAAAGUUGCCAUUAAAAAGAUCUCACCCUUUGAACAUCAAACUUACUGUCAGAGAACGUUGAGAGAGAUCAAGAUCUUGACACGGUUUAAACAUGAAAAUUUUCAACAUGAAAAUAUCAUAGACAUUAGAGACAUCUUGCGUGCUCCUACAGUAGAAGAGAUGAAAGAUGUUUACAUAGUACAAUGUCUGAUGGAGACUGACAUGUACAAACUUUUAAAGACACAACAGUUAAGCAAUGACCAUGUCUGCUACUUCCUGUACCAGAUCCUCCGAGGCUUGAAAUACAUCCACUCUGCUAAUGUACUGCACCGGGAUCUCAAGCCAAGCAACCUACUUCUCAAUACUACGUGUGAUCUCAAGAUCUGUGAUUUUGGUCUGGCUAGAGUAGCUGACCCUGACCACGACCACACUGGCUUUCUGACUGAGUACGUGGCCACCAGAUGGUACAGGGCACCAGAGAUCAUGCUCAACUCUAAGGGCUACACUAAGUCAAUUGAUGUUUGGUCUGUAGGCUGUAUCCUGGCAGAGAUGUUGGCUAAUCGUCCAUUAUUUCCUGGCAAACAUUACCUGGACCAGCUGAACCACAUACUUGGUGUCCUGGGUUCACCUAGCCAAGAUGACUUACAGUGUAUCAUCAAUGACAAGGCAAGGGGAUACAUCCAGUCUCUACCUUACAAGCCCAAGGUUCCAUGGCAAAAGUUGUUCCCUAAUGCAGAUGUCAAAGCCCUUGACCUUCUAGAGAAAAUGUUGACAUUUAACCCUAACAAGAGGAUAACAGUGGAGCAAGCACUUGCACAUCCAUACUUGGAACAAUACUAUGACCCUGCUGAUGAGCCAGUAGCAGAAGAGCCAUUCACAUUUGAAAUGGAGCUGGAUGAUUUACCUAAAGAAAGGCUUAAAGAGCUCAUUUUCCAAGAAACAGUCCAGAUUGGUGUCAGAAACAGAGAAUGACUUCUCACUCCAGCCAGUGUAAAGAGUUGAGUGUGUGUAGCUUGAGCUGGUGACUGUACAUAUCACUGUCAAUGGUAGGCCAGAGCCCAGCCAUGUGUAGCCUCCAUCAGAUGUACACCAGCAAGACUUGUUGAAGACAGGCUCAUGUUUUGUUUGAUGUGGUUCUAUAGUUCAUGUGCUAAAAGUUCACUCCUUUACCCAUGCUGCCAACAUGCGCUCUUGGUAGAAACAUAUCUAUUCUCUCUUUCCUUCUAGAGCAAGUCUUUAGAAGGGAGGCUACAAUUUUCCCCAUCUUGUACAAAUUUAGGUCUGAAAAUUCCAAGGCUAUUUAUCUCUCAAUAACUAGGUAUGCAUGCAUAUACCCAGCAGAUGAACACACUGCUGGAUUAGAUUUGAAGCACACAUUUUAUAAGGCCAAAUGUUGCUUUGGAUGAUUAGUUUUUCAUGACCAGUUUUGACUAGCAAUUGCUUCAAUAAUUUACUCUUUGUUCAACAUUUUAUUGCUGUUUCCAAACUCUCAUUCAAUGUGGACGUUUUUUUAAAUAGUUAAACUUUGCACAAUACAUUCUUUGUAAAAUAAGAUGACUUUAAAUGUUAGUUUUGAUGAAAAUACAUUUUGUUAAUAAUUACCUCAGUUUUUUACAACUGUAUGUAGACUAUACAUAAUUAUUUACAAACAUUGACAUUUGUUCUGUUAAAGAACAUUUUGUUCAUAAUUACAUAGCAGAAGGACUAUCUGGCCAAAAUUUAUUUGAAUCAUGUAUUUUUUAUUUUAGGGCAUUGGGUUGUUUUAUUUUUUGAUAGAAAAAUGAUUCUGUUAAUAGUUUAUUUGUUGAAUAGAAUACUUUUGACACAACUUUUGUUACAAGCACCAAAACUUAGUUUAUCUCAGUGCCAUAUUCUAUACAUAGGAUUUGUUUCACAAGGCUAUUUAAGAACUAGUAGAAGUUAGGGGAGACCACCCAAGUAUAAGAUUCCUCUACAUAAUCAAAGUGCCAAGCCCACACUUAUCUCCCUAAAUUGUGGCACACAUGUAAUGUCUUCUUCUAUAGAAUCUUUGUUGCCAUAAGUAGUAACACAUCUUUAUUUACAAGUUACAUUUCUCUACUUUUUGCAAGCUUUACAAUUUUUGCUGGAAAUUAAAAAAUAAAUUAAA